UCAUAGAAAUGUAUGCAUGUUUUUAAAACGGCCUAUUGUCCAACACGCAGCCUUGCCACCUUGCCUAUUUGCAUAUGUUAGCUGAUUUAAAUGUGUGCAUAUUUAUCCUUGCCGGCUCCUGAGCCCAGCGGAGGCAGGAAGCAGGCAUUCCUCCUUCCAGGGGCCGCGUCUGGGUUUCCCCUUCUUGGAGCAGAUGAAUCAGGGGUGCCGUGGGACCUCAGCCUCAGGAAGCCUCCGUUGCUACCGUGUUACACGCUACACGCAGAGAAGGUGACGGGAACUGUCUCUUUUUGCAGCUAGGGAUCUGGAUUUUCCAAAAGCUGCUUGGGAAUUCGUUGUGCGGUUGGGUGUAAAAUAAACUCUUCCAGGGUAGAGAAAGGCAGAAAGAUCUGGAUUGCGGGAGGGGGGCUUCCCUUUAGUAGAGGCUGGGCUGUGCCCUGGGGUGGGGCACAGCUUUGGCCUCUGGUGGAAGGAAAAAGGAGCUUCCAGCCUGGGUUGAAACUUGAGAGGCGUCUCAGGCUGCUGCGUCCACUGAGAUUCGGCUGGGUGUUCCUCCCUGCGGUAGAAUUCUUUCCCUGUAGGAAACUCGCACGUCAGAGGAGAGCGUUUCCCUGAGGAGCUAGGGCUCUAUGCCAGAGGAACUGGGAGGGAGGGUGCAUCUCUCUGCUUACAGAAUAAGCUCGAGAGGGAAAACGUUUUGGCUCGGCUGCGCUCCGAAGGCUUCUCUGCCCAACUUUGGAUGACGUCACAUCAGCCUGCAGAUAUUAAUGCUCUGCUGAAGGCAGAUCAUGGAUUUGCAGCCGUCCUGGGCAACUCUGUUUCUGAGCGCGCCUGCACCACCCGAGCGCUGCCUACGUGCUGCUUAAGAAGAAAUCAUCCUGCGUUAAUCGGCUGUCAUUGAUCCUGCCCCCUCCCCCUUGCAAGAGCGAGGUAUCCGGAUUGCAGGGAGACUGGCGACUCCGCACCUGAGAGAUGGCCGGAGCCACCGCCCUGCAGGAUCCGGUGGCGUUUGAGGAAGUGGCGAUCUACUUCUCUGCCGAGGAGUGGGAAGCACUAACCGACUGGCAGAAGAGCCUCUACAAGGAGGUCAUGAAGGACAAUUACGAAGCCCUGGUUUCUUUAGGUCUCGCUCUCCAGCCUCCCAGCAUCCUCGUGCAGAUCGAAGGCGGGGAGAAGCCCCGUGCAGGGAGAGCCCAGUUCCCAAAGUCCAGAGAGGAUUCAAAGGACAAUUUUGGGGGAGGUGGCCAGCGGGCUCUUGAGGAGGAUGGCGCAGGACUUGCGUGCCGCCUGCUGGGCCCACAGGCCCGGGAGGGAAGCCAAGACCACGGAUCCCUUGGCGAGCCACCCGUGUGGCCAGGAGGCCCCCUCAGGCCUGAUUCUGCGGUGAAUGGAACGGCAGCUCUGCCUCCCUGGGAUGCGGGGCCCAGGUGGGCCGGCGGCACCAUGGUGGGUGAGCAGGCUCUCCCCGUGGAAUUUCGGGUUGCAUCUCAAGAGGCUGGAGAAAGCAGUUCCUGGCCCCCGGCCGUCACAGCCCUCCAGCCCGGCACCCGUGAGGAGAUGCUGCUGAUCUGUACCCAAUGCCAGAAAUGUUUCCCUGCCCGUUCUGCACUCCACAUCCCGUCCGCAGUGCCCCUUGGAGCACGGGUGCAGGUGUGCCCUGAAUGUGAGGGUGGGCGCCUUAAGAACCCCCCAACCCCUGCUGAUCCCCCAAGCCGAGCUGGGGUGCUGCCCUGCACCUGUGCGCACUGUUCCACGCUGGGCGUCCGCCCGAGGGGGGCCCUCAAGGAGGAAAGGCCCUACAAAUGCGGGAAGUGUGACAAGACCUUCCGCUACGCCCACGAGUACGCCUGGCAUCAAAAGGUGCACGCUGGAGAAAAGACGUACAGGUGCAGCGAGUGCGCAAAGGUCUUUCGGCACAAGCAGGAGCUGAUGUGGCACCAGCGCACCCACACGGCAGAGUGGCCCCACAAAUGUGCCACCUGUGAGAAGAACUUCCGCUUCAAGCAGGAACUGACGUGGCACCUGAAGACCCACUCCGUGGAGCGCCCCUAUAAGUGCCCCGAGUGCGAGAAGAGCUUCCGGUACAAGCAGGAGUUCAUGUGGCACCAGCGGGCCCACGUGGGCGACCGGCCGUACAAAUGCAGCGCGUGUGAGAAGAGCUUCCGCUUCAAGCAAGAAUUCACCUGGCACCAGAGGAGCCACACGGGAGAGAAGGUCUACAGAUGCUCCGGCUGCGACAAGAGCUUCCGGUACAAGCAGGAGUUCACCUGGCACCAGCGAAUCCACACCGGGGAACAGCCGUACCCCUGCGCCUCCUGCAGCUCCACGUUCACCUGCAGGCAGGAGUUCAUGCGCCACCAGCGGCUGCACGACGGCGAGAAGCCCUACCAGUGUCCUCACUGUGAGAAAACCUUCCGCCGGGGCUCCACCCUGAUCCGGCACCGGCGUGUCCACACGGGCGAGGGGCCCUUCAAGUGCCCCCACUGUGAGAGGACCUUCGGCCAGAGCGCCAACCUCCUCAAGCACCAGCGAGUGCACGCCCCGAAGAGCGAGCCGCUGGAGGCGGCCUCGGGGUGGAAGCCCUGCCUGCAGAGCUCGGGCGCCGCCACCCCGCAGGGCGCCAUGCACAGCGUGCUCAGCCUGAAGGCGGUUUCGGUGGGCGCCUUGCUCCUGCUAACCCUGCCAGAGGCCAAACGUGGGAGAGACCCAGGGGCCAAGCCUGAUGCCUGGGCGCCUCAGAUGUGAUCCGACUCACCGGGGGCUUUUUCAGACCAGGACCCCUUCAGCGUGGGAACGUUGGUGUUGCUAAACAGUUGUGCGGGGUCCACCGUGGCCCCAGGAGGACCCCUGAGAACAGGCUUCACAAGCCGGGAUGCGCUUACUCGUCAGGCCGGGGGGUGAUUUCAGAAGUGACUGCUUGAAAGUGGGCGGCCCGGGAUCAAACCUAAAUUUGAUUUGAUUUGAUUUGAACUGAGUUACAGUCGCACAGCGUAGUUAAAUACAGCUGCUCAUCAUCCGAGUAUUUUGAGUCAUUCUGUGGCAACGUUUGCGCAGCCGAAGUUGGGUCGGUGGCGUUGGCAAUGCGACGUGCGCAUCUCUUACACGCUGUACAGUAAGGCAGCGCUGUCUGAUCCAGGGGGAACAUAAACAAUCCCCAACCCCCAUUUGAGGCAUGGGGGGGGGGGGCUUUUGGUCCAUAUCUCCCCCAGCUUAUCCAGGAACAGGAGGGAAAAACCGAAACAAGGCUGGAAAGGCUCCCAUUAAGAGCAUGAAGGCUUCCAGGCUGGCCUAUUUCUGGCUUCCGGCUGUGGAGCAGCACCGGGGGGCUGUUCUCACUGCCCUUC